AUGUUUCCGACUCACAUCCCGCCCGAUGCAGUCGGCCACCAUUUCCUACUGCCCAGGCAAGGCACCGACCUGCCCGCCGUGGACCAGGAAGCGGACCAGUGCCAGGUCGAGGCCCUCCAGCUUGGCAGACAGGGCCUCCGCAUCGCGUCCAUCUUCAUCAUCCUCGUGGCCUCUCUCAUCGGCGCCCUGCUCCCCAUCAUGCUCUCGCGACAGUCCAGGAUGCACGUCCCCAAGUCAACCUUUUUCAUCUGCAAGUUUGUCGGCACUGGAGUCAUCAUCGCCACGGCCUGGAUGCACCUCUUGGCCCCGGCCGUCGAACAGCUGGGCGACAAAUGCGUCGCGCAAAAGUGGCCCAGCAUGGGCAGCUACCCUUGGGCCCUUUGCAUCCCACUCAUGACCAUCAUGGUCAUGUUCCUGGUUGAGCUUCUCGCCUCGAGGUCCGGCGACGACGGCGAUGGCGAAGACGGCCACGGCACGGCCUCGGACUCGGAAACAGACCCCAACACCGAGAUGAUGGCCAAGAAAAAGGCCCGAUCGCCGUCCAGCCCCUUUUCCGACGACGUCGAGAGCGGACGCGGCGCAUCCAUACAAGGCUCGGCAGAAGAUGUCAGUUAUCCCCCAACAGGAGAGGGCAACGUCGCCCGCGGCAACGACCACAACAAGGGCGACGGCCGGAGCAACAUGGCCGGCCAGCUCACGGCCAUAUUCAUCCUCGAGUUCGGCGUCGUCUUCCACAGCGUCUUUAUCGGCCUCACCCUGGGCACCACGGCUGAGAACGAGCUCGUCGUCCUCUUCAUCGUCCUCAUCUUUCACCAAAUGUUCGAGGGGCUGGGCCUCGGAUCGCGACUGGCCCUCGCGCCGUGGCCCCAAGGCCGGGGCUGGGUGCCCUACGUGCUGGCGCUGGCGUUUGGCCUCUCGACUCCCAUCGGCAUCGCGGCCGGCAUGGGCGCCAAGCCCAGCAACGCGGCGACCCAGAAGCUCAUCAACGGCAUCUUCGAUUCCAUCAGCGCGGGCAUCCUCAUGUACACGGGCUUGGUGGAGCUGCUGGCCCACGAGUUCAUGCUCAACCCGCGCAUGCGGAGGGCGCCGUUGCGGAUCCAGCUGUCGGCGUUUGCGUGCGUGGCCCUGGGCGUCGCCAUCAUGGCCCUGCUCGCCAAGUGGGCCUAG